AAGUUGACAUGGAAAAUAAAUAGUAAAUUCGUAGAAGCACAGGUCAGUGGCGUAUUUGAGGGGGGGGCGAUGGGGGCAAUCGCCCCUCCCGAGAGUUUUUAGACCAAGAAAAUUUGUGUACAAGUAAUAGGUAUUUUAUUAAGAAACAAAAAUAAAAUUAUGAUUUAUGAAAAAUGUUAUCAGUGAUAACAAAAGAUAAAAAUGUACAUACAUUAUGAAGAGUAUUAUAGAGUAUCACUAUUUAUACCAUUACUGGAAAAUAUCCUAGAAGACUUAAGAUCAAGAUUCAUAAGAAAAGAAAAUAAGAUGUUAUUAGAUUUAUGUUUGUUAAUUCCACGCUACAUUACUGACAUUUCUAAUGACGAUUUUAAAAAAAUAACAGAAGCUGCCACAGAAUUAUUUGUAUUUAAUGAAGAAGAAUCUGUUGACCAAAUCGAGCUAAAAACAGAACUAGAUCUAUGGAAAACUAAAUGGCAACGAAUAAAAACUGAUGGUCAUGAAAUUUGUCAAGAUGCUUUGUCAUCAAUGGAAAAUUGUAAUAGUAUCAUUUAUCCAACUUUGCAUAAAUUAAUAAGUAUUAUUGCUUGUCUGCCUAUUAGUGUAGCAUCCGCAGAACGCAGCUUUUCAACGCUUAGAAGAUUGAAAACCUGGUUAAGAUCUAGAAUGGGACAAGAACGCUUGACUGGUUUGGCUUUGCUAAACAUACACCAUACUUUAACCAUAUCAGUAGAUGAUGUUAUAAAUAGAUUUGCUAAUACAAAAAAAAGAAAUAUAGAUUUUGUUUUGUAAA